AUGUCGACCCCAAAAGAGGGGACAGGCACCGCUGCUGUUGCUGGUAUUCCCUACUUUUCCAACCUCUCGCGGUCCGUAUACACACUGAAGAUUGCCCUGCUCACCUCGGGCGUGUCGUCGGAUAUGGCCAGAUCAACGGCCCUGCAGAGCAACCUCGACGUCGAUUAUGUGAUUAGCUACCGCUUUGCCAACACGGACAAGGCCAAGGCCGCCGCCCAGUUCGAGAAGCUUUGUGAGGCUCUCGCAAACACUGGCCUGCAGACCGAGGUCCGCAAUGGCGACGCCAACUCGCUCCUGCUCUUCGUGCGGGUCGCUUCGGACGAGCAUCUGUUUGGCGAAGUAUACAGGUCCCGCGUCCACGACUGGAUCCACGGCGUCCGCUCUGCUGCCCCUGAAAAGGUCACGCGCGAAUCGCUCCAAGCAGAGCCCCUCUACGAAGCAGAGCGGCUGCGUAUAAUAUACCAGCUCAUCACAAACCCUCCACAAGACGGUGGAGCUGGCAUCACGCCCAAGGAGGGGGAAUGGGAGAAUGUCGAGUCGAUAUUUGCUCUGCACGACCAUGCCUACAACAAGGACUGGAUCAAGAAGUGGACGUCACAGUACCUCCUCACAACCGAGGAUCUGGAUGACAUUCGCAACCGCCUGGGAGAGCAAAUUGCCUUUUACUUUGCUUUCACCCAGUCCUACUUCACCUUUCUUGUCCCUGCUGCAGCAUUUGGCGUCUUCUCGUGGCUCUUCCUCGGCUCUUUUUCGCCCAUUUAUGCGCUUACGAGCGCCUUGUGGUGCAUCGUCUUUACCGAAUACUGGAAGCACCAGGAAACCGAUCUGAGCAUUCGCUGGGGUGUCAAGGGUGUCUCCCGUAUCGAGGUCAAGAAGAGGGAUUUUGCACCUGAGAAGACCAUCACCGACCCAGUAACUGGCGAGCGAGUUGGCUUCUUUCCUGCCUCAAAGCGCUUCCAGAGGCAGUUGUUACAGAUACCUUUUGCAAUCAUUGCGGCUUGCUCACUUGGGGCUGUCAUUGCGACCGCUUUCGGCAUUGAGGUGUUCAUCUCUGAGGUCUACGAUGGACCACUGAAGAGCGUCUUGAUAUUCAUUCCUACUGGAAUCCUGACUACCGUCAACCCCGUCCUCAAUAUCAUUCUUACCAAAGCCGCUACGCGGCUCACUCAAUUCGAGAAUUACGAGACGCAGGGAGCAUACGAGAAAGCCUUGACCCAGAAGAUCUUCGUCAUGAACUUCAUCAUGUCUUACCUCGGCAUCUUCUUGACUGCAUUCGUCUACGUUCCUUUUGGCAAAGUCAUUGUGCCUUACCUUGACGUCUUUCAUGUCGCUGUCAGGCCCUUUGCCCAGGAUGAGAAGCAGCUUCAUCUAGAAAGAGACAACUCCAACUGGAGCAUCAACCCCGACCGUCUUCGCAAGCAAGUCAUCUAUUUCACCGUCACUGCUCAGGUGGUCAAUCUCGGUAUGGAGCUCAUUGUUCCAUACCUCAAGCGUCGCGGACUUGACAAGUACAAGGAGAUGCAGUCGGAGCGAGCCGCUAAGAAUGGCGGAUCUGCACCUGCUGCUGCUGUCAAUGACCCGCCUGAGGAUGCUGCCUUCCUUGAGCGUGUCCGCAAAGAGGCCGAGCUUGAGGUCUACGAUGUCACUGCUGAUUUCCGUGAAAUGGUUGUUCAGUUUGGGUACCUGUCUCUCUUCUCCGUUGUCUGGCCUCUUACAGCUGUAUCGUUCCUCGUUAACGACUGGGUCGAACUUCGUGCCGAUGCGAUGAAGAUUUGUGUUGAGAUGCGCCGCCCUACUCCAUGGCGUGCUGAUACUAUUGGUCCCUGGCUCGACUCGCUCUCCUUCCUCACCUGGCUCGGUAGCAUCACCACGUCGGCUCUCGUCUACAUGUUCUGGAAUGAUCACACUGGUCCCAGCGGUAGUCCCAGCAACAUCCAACUCUGGGAUCUCCUCCUUACAGUCUUUUUCGCCGAACACCUCUUCAUUCUCUUCCGUUGGGGCGUCCGCAUCAUCAUUUCCAAGCUGGACUCUCCCGGUCUCCAGAACGAACGCCGCGAGCGCUUCCUCGUCCGCAAGCAGUACUUUGAGGAGAACCUUAGCCAGCUACAGAGUAUACCCAAGUUGACUGAAAAGGGCGCCGAGAUUACGAGAAACAGUCUUGAGGAAGAUGCGCGCUUGAGCAGUCUCAGCGAAACUACGCCUGAGUUGAGGUUUUGGCAGCGCCAGAGAAGCUGGAGGGAGAGUGCGGCCGUGGCCAAGGAUCUCAUUGAGAAGGCGCAGAACCAGACGGUGGUGGAGACGAAGAAGGAGCUGUAAAUUGUGCGAGGGGGGAGUGCAAAGUGGAAAGUGGAAAGCGGAAAGCGGAGCGAUUGAUUGCGUGUUGGGAUAUUGGCCUUAUUGAGCAUUUCUAGCUUGGCGUUUUGCUGGACUCGUAGUUGGAGAAGAAGUCAAAGUAACCCCUUUAGUUUUCA